UCUUUUUUUUCCUUUCAGGAAAUGCCCAACUCUGUCUUUCUUGUAAUGGAGUAUUGCAAUGGUGGAGACCUAGCCGAUUACUUGCAAGCCAAAGGGACGCUCAGCGAGGAUACCAUCCGGGUCUUCCUGCAGCAGAUCGCGUCUGCCAUGCGCGUUCUCCACGGCAAAGGCAUCAUCCACAGGGACCUGAAGCCGCAGAACAUCCUGCUGUCGUACGCCAGUCGCAGGAAGUCGAACGUCAGCGGCAUCCGCGUCAAGAUAGCUGACUUUGGCUUUGCCCGUUAUCUCCAGAGCAACAUGAUGGCGGCUACUCUCUGCGGUUCCCCAAUGUAUAUGGCACCAGAAGUGAUCAUGUCCCAGCAUUAUGAUGGUAAAGCCGACCUGUGGAGUAUAGGCACCGUCAUCUACCAGUGUCUGGUUGGGAAGCCACCCUUUCAGGCGAAUAGUCCUCAGGAUCUGCGAAUGUUUUACGAGAAGAACAGAAACCUCAUCCCGAGCAUCCCCAGGGAAACCUCAGCCUACUUGUCCGAUUUGCUUCUGAACUUGCUUCAGAGAAACCAGAAAGACAGAAUGGACUUCGAAGCUUUCUUCAAUCACCCGUUCCUGGAUCAAGUUUCGACGGUCAAAAAAUCUUGUCCUGUACCUGUUCCAGCACCUGCUGGGUCAGUCUCUGGCGGAUCCUGUGGUAGCUCUCCCUCCUGCCGGUUUGCUUCUCCUCCAUCCCUUCCAGAUAUGCAGCACAUCCAAGAAGACAACCUGUCUUCUCCUCCCUUGGGGCCUCCGAAUUACCUUCAGGUGUCCAAAGAUUCUGCCAGCACCAGUAGCAAGAAUUCCUCCUGCGACACCGAUGACUUUGUCCUGGUUCCGCACAACAUCUCUUCCGACCAGUUGUGUGAGUUUUUCCACUUUAUGAAUAACCAGUCGCUUCCCCUCCGUCCCCCCCCCGCAAUUCUCUGCCAGCCUUCGGUCUCCCCCCGGAGCGAAACGGUGCCCAUCCCAGUCCCUACUCAGCUACGGAACUACCAGCUCAUAGAGCAGAACCUGACGUCGGCCACCAGCCCGGGGUCAAACCCACAUGGGUCACCAAGAUCUGGGGCCGUGCGACGGUCAAACACCAGUCCUUUGGGCUUCCUCAAGACCGGCUCCAGCUCCCCGGUGCCGGCUGACACUGUCCAGACCGUUGGCCGCAGACUGUCCACAGGCUCUUCGAGGCCAUAUUCCCCUUCGCCACUAGUUGGUACCAUACCUGAGCAACUUGGGCAUUGCUGUUGUGGGCAGCUGCAAGGGCAUGAAAUAAGGGGCCGAAGCUCUUCAGGUGAGCAAUUUCUCUUUGUCGUCCCAUCACGUCUUGGCUCUAACAGCUCCGGAGGCUCCCUCUGUUCUACCAGUGGCCGGAUCCUGAUGGGCUCCCCACCCGGAAUUUAUAUGGGUUCCUCCCCUCCUGGAGCCGAGGCAGCCCCUUGUUUGAAGUACAUGCCUUACGGCGCCUCACCUCCCAGCUUUGAAGCUCCAGAACUGCCUGAAGAAACUUUGAUGGAGAGGGAGCACACGGACACCCUGCGCCACUUGAACUUGAUGCUGGCGUUCACGGAGUGCGUGCUGGACCUGACAGCCGUCCGGAGCGGCAACCCGGAGCUCUGCAACUCCGCCGUGUCCCUCUACCAGAUCCAGGAGAGCGUUGUGGUGGAUCAGAUCAGCCAGCUGAGCAAAGACUGGGGGCAAGUGGAACAGCUGGUCCUGUACAUGAAGGCGGCCCAGCUGCUGGCUUCAUCCUUACACCUGGCCAAAGCACAGAUCAAAUCGGCCAAGCUGAAUCUCUCGACCGCGGUGAAACAAGUUGUCAAAAACCUGAACGAGAGGUACAAAUUCUGCAUCGCCAUGUGCAAGAAGCUGACCGAAAAGCUGAACCAGUUUUUCUCAGAUAAGCAGCGUUUCGUCGAUGAAAUUAACAGCGUCACGGCCGAAAAGCUCAUCUACAGUUGCGCGGUGGAAAUGGUCCAGGCAGCAGCCUUGGAUGAGAUGUUUCAGCAGACCGAAGACAUUGCUUACCGGUACCACAAAGCCGCGUUGCUCUUGGAGGGCCUGGCGAAGAUCUUGCAGGACCCUGCUGACAUAGAGAACAUAAACCGUUGUACGUGUGGAGCUGGGGGGACGGGAAGGACUUUUAUAGAUUGUGCACUUCGAACAAAGCACAGCGCAGCCAUAAAGUAA